UCACGUUUCAGUAAACAUUUUUUUUAAAUAGCGUCGAAAAGAGGUCUGCUGCAAAAACCCUCGAAGAAGAUAAAAAAAUCAAAUUUCGCGAUCUAGGGUUCUUGGCUGCAAGAAAUGGCUGACUCUCCUCGACGAAGGUAUUCACGAUCUCCCCCCUAUGAAGCACCAUCCAGGUCAAGAUCCAGGUCAAGGUCUCGAUCUAGGUCAAGAUCCUGGUCAAGGCCAAGAGGUAGGCCAGCAUCAAGGUCAAGAUCCAGAAGUCGUGGAAGGGAAGAGGUUGUAAAUCCCGGAAAUACCCUUUAUGUAACCGGCCUCUCCACACGUGUCACACAAGAACAGCUAGAAGAACACUUUUCAAAAGAAGGAAAGGUGGCCAACUGUUUUCUUGUUGUGGAGCCUCGUUCACGUAUAUCACGUGGGUUUGCUUUUAUAACAAUGGAUACUCUUGAAGAUGCAAAUCGCUGCAUAAAGCAUCUUAACCAGUCUGUUCUUGAACAUCGCCAGAUAACUGUAGAGAGGUCGAGAAGGAAACGUCCAAGAACACCCACACCUGGACAUUACUUGGGCCUGAAAAACACUAGGGACACUGGCUAUCGUGGUGACAGAGGAGGUGGAGGAGGUGGAGGAGGGAGGUAUCGUGGUGGCUCUGGGCGGGAUGACUAUGGAUACCGGAGGUCCCCAAGGCGGUCACCACCACCGUAUAGAGGUGGCCGUGAUUACUCUCCAAGGAGGUCACCGCCACCAUACAGAGGUGGUGGUGGUGGUGGGCGGGAUUACUCUCCUAGGCGGUCACCUUACUAUGGUGGGAGAUCAAGGAGGGAGCGAACACGGUCUCCUCCUUAUUCCCCACCUUACAGGAGUCCCGAAAGGCACUAUGCUCGUCGCUAGAAUGCUUAGUUAACUUUUCAAUCCAAAUAUAUGUUGUGCUUUUUUCUUUUUUCUUUCUUUCUUUUUUUUUUUUUUUUCUAUUGUUGGUUUAAAACGGUGAAAUUGGGUCUAUCUUGUGAACUCUUAUAUAAUAUGUUGCAGACAAGACAUCUAUGUAGUCUAUGCUUAUGGUUUUAGUCUUUUA